AUGGACGACCGAUCCCUUCGCAUCAGCAAGGAAAAGGCUGCGCAACUCCUCUCACGCAAUGCUGAGCGCGAGCCCAUACGCCAGCAGGCCCGGCUGUAUCGCGAGAAAUGGGCCGAGCUGCUCAAUCACGAGCGCACCCAGGAGCUCGCUGCUAUCGCAGAGAGGCGCAAGGCUCCCAUCGACAAGCUGAUCGAAGAGGGUAUUGCGAUAGACGGACUCCAAGCGUAUUGGCAGGACGACAGCAAGCGCCACUUUGGCAAACGCGUCGCUGUCUUCAAGCUCGACGCCGCCGAGCCUCUACCCCGCACACUCUUCCGCGCAGGAGACAAGGUUACGAUCAUGCCGUCCCCUGCGCCUCCUUCCCCGACAAGCGAUGAUCCGGAAUCUCCCCUACACGACGACUUUGUCAUCGAAGCCGAGGUGGUCGAGCGACAGCGCUCGUACAUUCGCCUUAAGUUCGACGAAAAAGAUGAAGACGUCGAUCUUGUAUCUUGCCCUUCUUGGCGUCUCGAUUACGGCUUCAACGAUCUCACUUUUGAGCGCAUCAAGUCAGCUCUGGAAGCGCUGGAACACGAUGUCGAGCACAUCGAGACCCACUACGGCUCUCGCUUUCAGUACAUCCUGUCAGGCACUCGUCUGAGCGAUGUCAUCCUUGGCAUUGAACCUCCGGCGGAUCGAGUGACGAGAGGCGCAUUCUGGGAAGAUGCCCGCGUCCAGAGCUGGUACGACCGCUUCGCCCGCCCAAACCCCGUCGUCAUUGACGGCGAUCCGCUGCCAGAGCUGAAUCGCUCCCAGACACAGGCGGUGGCCAUGAUGCUGCGUGAGCGCAUCUCUCUGAUCCAGGGCCCACCAGGCACGGGCAAGACGCGCACCAUUGUAACGGCCAUCAAGCUGCUCAAGCAAGACUUCCAAGUGCCGCAUCCCAUCAUGCUGGCGGCGCACACCAACGUAGCUGUCGACAACCUGGCGGACGGGUGCAUCAAAGAAGGCCUGCGCGUGGUGCGCAUCGGCCCCUCAGCUCGUGCCAGAGCAGGCAUCGAUGAGUACACGCUCGACGCCUACUUCUUGCGUCAUCCAGCCAAGCCGCGUCUCGACCAGAUCAAGAAGCGCCUCGACACGCUCGACAGGCUCAAGAGCGAGUACGAACUGGGUCGAAUGGGCGGUUCCAGCACGGGCACAGCAUCGACAAUGCGAGACGAGGUGGAAGAUGGCGCUGAGGCCGUCUUGGCUCCAAGGGAGGCUCAGAGCUGGCAAGAUAUCAUGGCGGAGCGUGAAGAGGAGCUCGAAGCCGCGCAGCCGCAGGGUGGUACGGCUUCGGAAGAGUACGAGGCGAUCAAGAAGCAGCUCAGCCGUCUCAAGGCGACCUACUUUUUCCUACGUGCCUCCAUUCGCGGCGAGAUCCUCAACAGUGCCGAUGUGAUUUGCGGCUCAGCGAUCGCGGCCGGCUCUCCCGAACUCGACAUGAUUGAUCUUCCUGUCGUCUUCUUCGACGAGGCGUCCAUGGCGACCGAGCCAGUCUCGCUCGUGCCGUUGAUGAAGGGGUGCAGGCACUUGUCCAUCAUUGGCGACCACAAGCAGCUGCCUCCCGUGGUGACGAGCGUCGAAGCCAAGCAGGGCGGGCUUUCGCGCAGUCUGUUCGAGCGACUCAUUGAGAGCGAGAGCAGCAUUCCCUCAACCAUGCUCAAUGUGCAGUUCCGCAUGCAUCCCAGCCUCGCCGAAUUUCCCAACAGGACGUUUUACGACGGUGCCCUGGAGAAUGGAAAGGGCACCGAGCUCAUUCCACCAGUGGCAUCGAGCUACUGGCCUUCUCCCGGCAGUACUUCCGAAAAGGAUGUCCACCGGCUCUGCUUCAUCGAUCACAAGGGCCGCGAGACUAAAGCGGAGAACUCGACGUCGCUGUGCAACGUUUCAGAGGCACGCAUUGUCGUCGACGUUGUGGCAGACCUGCUACGUCGAAACCCCGAGAUGACGGGAGACGAUAUCGGCAUCGUGACCCCAUACGCGGGCCAGCAGAUAUUGCUGGAAAAGAUGCUGCACAAUGAAGCGUCACCAGCACGCAAGCAGGCUGCCGGUGUGCUCGAGACACGCUCGUCCGAGUUGGGCUGCAUCGACAUUCAUACAGUUGACGGCUUUGAGGGGCGGGAGAAGAAAGUUAUCCUCUUCUCGACCGUUCGCACCAACGCACAGGGCUAUGUGGGCUUUUUGGCAGACGGUCGACGACUCAAUGUGGCACUCACGCGAGCUCAGGGUGCGCUCUUUUUGAUCGGCAACAUCGACACUUUCAAAAAGGCUCAGCUCAGCGAGACCGCGUACAGCCGCGUCGAGAGUCCAAAUCUCGAUGCGCUGCGGAAGUACGCUGCUUACUUGGAGGAGAGGGGUGCGGUCGUUAGUUGUACCAAUGCCGUAGCUGCGCCGGUAGAGACGGAUCUGGCAGAGGAAGAGCAGGUGAUGGAGAUAGACGCAGACGAGACUGGAGAGGUUGAUCCGGAUGCAGCAGAUUGGCAGCACAUGCUGGCGGAGCGCGAGGCUGCCUAG